UCAUAAUCAAAGUAUAGUUGAAUCUCUCUCUAUCUAUCUCUAUCUCUCUCUAUAUAUAUACAUCCAUAUAUGUGGCCUCACUUCGUUGAUGGUUUGCUUCCAAGCAAAUUUCUUCCUCAGCAAUUAAUAUUACUCAUCAAACUACACAAGAUUAAAGGGGAGUGAUGGGUCCAUCAAAAACAAAGAGCCACGGCGGCGGCGACGAAGAAGAGAGAGAGGAGUUCGUGGAGGUCGAUCCGUCGGGGCGAUUCGGGAGGUACGACGAGCUACUCGGGUGCGGCGCCGUGAAGAAAGUCUACCGCGCAUUCGACCAGCGCGAGGGCCGCGACGUGGCGUGGAACCAAGUCCGCCUCCGCAACUUCUCCGCCGAUCCCUCCGUCAUCCUCCGCCUCCGCUCCGAGAUCGACCUCCUCAAGUCCCUCCACCACGACAACAUCAUCCUCCUCUACCAUUUCUGGAACGACCCCGACCACAACACCUUCAACUUCAUCACCGAGGCCUGCGCCUCCGGCAACCUCCGCGACUACCGCCGCAAGCACCGCCACGUCUCUCUCAAGGCCCUCAAGAAAUGGGGGGUGCAGAUACUCCGCGGCCUGCACUAUCUCCACACGCAUCGCCCCUGCAUCAUCCAUCGCGACCUCAACUGCAGCAACAUCUUCAUCAACGGCAACGUCGGCAAGGUCAAGAUCGGGGACCUCGGGCUGGCGGCCGCCGUCGGGGAGAGCCACGCCGCGCAUUCCAUGAUCGGGACGCCCGAGUACAUGGCGCCGGAGCUGUACGAGGAGGAGUACACGGAGCUCGUGGAUAUAUACUCGUUUGGGAUGUGCGUGGUGGAGAUGGCGACGUGCGAGAUACCGUAUAGCGAGUGCGAUAGCCUCGGGAAGAUAUACCGGAAGGUCACGGCCGGGGUGAUGCCCCGGGCCAUGGACGACGUCGAGGACCACGAACUUAGGGCGUUCGUGGAGAGGUGCGUUGGGCGGCCGAGGGCGAGGCCCUCCGCCGCCCAAUUGCUGGAGGAUCCGUUUCUUGCUGAUGUUGUUGCUGGUGAUGAUGAUGAUAUAUAAUAUGCAUUCCUUAUGAAUUAAUACAAAAA